AUGGCAGUUCGAAGGAGUUUUUCACCGAGUCUAAAGGCGAAACUAUAUCAUUCCGAUGGAUAUUCUUUCAAAAAUUGCCUAAAUUAUGAUUUCGAAAUACAACAAACGCCACCACUAUCAUUACAGCAAUAUGCUCGAUCGAUCGCUCCUAUUCCUGGUGCUGACCCAUGGGUCUACACAUACAAACGGAAAUAUUCCAUACCAACUUACUCUCUCAAACCAUACAAAGAUAUGAAACCUAAGCCACAUGAAUCUAUCUGGCAUCCAGUUAGUCCAUAUCGAGAAAAACCACCCACAUCACUUAGUCCGGAAAAACGGUGGCAGAGAUCUGUACGUGAACCUAUUUGGCAACCUAGCAGUACUAUUCAAUACAAAACAGUUCCUUAUUUCGAUCCGCCUGCUUUGCGAUGGUCACUUCAACAAAUUUUGAAAUCUCUACCGAAUCCUCAGGCAGACACGUUCGAUCCCUCGAAAACCAUUUUAAUAUCCAAGAAAAGAAACAUUUGA